AUGAUAGACAUUUUUGCUAAAACUGGAAAAAAGAUUCUGGUGUCGGUUGUGACUUGUCUUUGCCAAAUAAGACAUAGCCCUUCUUGUACAGAGAGAGGUCAGCCUGCCGAAUCUAUCAAGCCCAGAGGCCAAUCCUUCAAUUUUCACCAAAAGCGUGGCCUAAAUGACUUCCAAAACUUACCUGAUCAAUUUACCCCCCUCUCUCUCUCUCUCUCGCUCUUUCUCUCUCUCUCUUUCUCUCUCUCUCUCUUGCUUUCUCGCUCUCUCUCUCUCUCUUGCUUUCUCGCUCUCUCUCUCUCUCUCUCUCCCCUUUAUUUUGUGGAGUUACUCUAUCUGUCUCCUUUAUUUUGUUGGCUCACAUAUUCUCUCUCUCCUCUGUAUUACCCUAUUUCUGUCUGUCUGUCUGUCUGUCUCUCUGUCUGUCUGUCUGUCUCUCUCUCUCUCUCUCUCUCUCUAUUUCGAUCCUGUGUUUUGCUGACUCGCUCACUGCUUUAUUUUUUGGACUCUCUCUCUCUCUCUCUCUCUCUCUCUCUCUCUCUCUCUCUCUCUCUCUCUCGAUGCUUUAUUUUGUGUAUUCACCCUCUCUUCUUUCUCUUCAGUCACAGGAUACCGUUGUGA